AGGAUAGUGCUGAUAUCAGUAUUCACAGUCGACGGUCAUUGCUGAGGUCGGACGGAAUAAUUUAAAGAGGAAAAUUACGCAGCCAUUAGUUACAUAUUUGCAACCAUGAACAUUAGUUUCGAAGGGAAACGUGUACUCGUAACAGGCGCCGGACAAGGCAUUGGCAGGGACAUCGCUCUUCGUCUCUCUCAAUACAAAGCCCAAGUGAUAGCAUUGUCAAAGACGAAAGAGAACCUGGAGAAAUUGUCCGCAAAAGAUCCACGUAUUCAAACCGUCUGUGUCGAUCUUUGCGACUGGAACGCUACCAAGAGAGCUGUUCAAAGCGUCUUACCCAUCGAUCUCUUGGUGAACAAUGCCGGUGUCGCUCAUUUGAAGCCUUUCUUAGAUUCCACAUCGGAAGAUUUCGACGCAACUUUCGCUGUAAACGUGAGAGCUAUCAUGAAUGUUUCCCAGGUGGUCUCAAAAAACAUGAUCGAGAGGAAGGUUCCUGGUAGCAUCGUCAACAUGUCUUCUCAGGCUAGCAAGGCAGCUUUGAGAGAUCACGCUGUCUAUUGCUCCUCCAAGGGAGCUGUUGACAUGUUGUCUAAAGCGAUGGCCCUUGAAUUUGGUCCGUACAAUAUUCGAGUGAACACGGUGAAUCCUACGGUGAUCAUGACAGAUAUGGGAAAACUAGGCUGGAGUGAUCCAGACAAAGCACGAACCAUGAUGAGUAAAAUACCUCUGGGUCGGUUCGCCGAGGUAAGCGAAGUGGUGGAUGCAGUCGUGUAUCUGUUGAGCAAUCGCAGCUCUAUGGUCAAUGGAGCCGCUUUACCUGUGGAUGGUGGAUUUUUGGCAGUGUAAUUCGUGAAAUUUUAUGCUUGUUUGUAUGCAACGCGUCCACGAUACUUUAUACAACACGAUAAUCAAGGGAAGAGAAGGAGAACGGGUAACAGGAUGUGUCGAUCGUUUCGAUAUUACUUCAUGGACCUGAAAUUGGAACUGAUAUUGAUUAUUAAUAUCGAUCUCUUCUCAACGCUUUCUUUUUUUUUUCUUUUUUCUCUACAAAACAACAUUUCUCAGACAUUCAUCCGUUUAUCCUCUCUUCCCUCUUACUCUAAUUUAACUCACUCAACAAAAUUUGAAGAGUCAAGGCAAUUGUUACGCUAAAAAUGAAAUUCUCCAUUCUCGUCGUCCAUGGUGGUCGUCGAGGUAUUAAUUUCCAGAACGAGUAAUCAAAAAGUUCGAACAUUUACAAUAAAGAAAGAAAUGUUUAUAUUCUGGGACCACGAUUUCGACGAGAAAUAACAACCUCUCUCUCCUCUCCCUCGAUCUGACCACACAUCAUUUCACAGAUACACACGCUUAAGGAUCAGAUGCAAAGAUACGGGACAGGGAACACUCGCAGCCACAUACUGGACACAGAAUAAAUGAGGAAAAUGAAUUUUGAUACUGUUCAUCGCUGAUUCUCUCCUGAAGAUAUUUCACGCGUAAAUAUGGAUAUAGAAAAUGUGGAAUGAAAUACUCUUUUUUUUUUUUGACUUAUUGUAUGAACUUAUCAAAAUUCCAAGUGACAUUAAUAGAUAUAUUAAUUUUGUAAGUGGAAACUAAUAUUUCAAAA